AACCACUCGCUUCGCCGAAAGAUAUUUUAAUAGGAAACGUAUACACGCGUCUAUAUAUACACACGCUAGCUGUACAUACACACAGAACGCGGAUCCGUGUCUCUCCGUAUACACGCGAGUACGCGAGGAAGCAUAGUUGGACGGGGCAUCCCCUCUAAAACGAUCGUGCAACGACAUCUAGAAUUAAAACACCAAAGAAACGCGGAAACGUCGCGGUAACUUCCGAUCGGAGCCCGAGAGGAUCGUUUUCCACCGAUCCCACCAGCGAGACAUUUUAAGUUCUCGCGUUACGAAGGAUUUGUUAUACGUGGAUCUCUGAGAGUCACAGAUUUCGGAGGUAAUACUCGAAGGGCGCGACAGGACCAAGCAGGGAACGUCUGACUCGAGUUGAGGACACCAGAAGGGAUUUUCGGUGGUGGGUCUCACCCGGAAGAACGAGAAUGUCCGCCAGAUCCGCGAGGAACACCGAUCUCAUCUGUUAAAGCGUUGAUAAGAGUCGCCAAAGCUGAUAUGGCCUCUUCGAGGAUCCGCCAUAAUGACAUUUUGCUCGAUCUGUCACGUGAUCGAACGAUCGGGUGACAAAGGACGAUCGCUGGCGAAGCUGUCGAAGGAUCUACCCGGUGUCCUCUAAACGCAAAAGCUUUUCUGGGGGUUCUACUCUGAUAAGAUCUCGUGAAUCGAGAGACAGAGACGAUAAAUAAUUCACGAGUAGCGCCGUAGUGGCUGGGAAAGACUGAUGCGCCACACGGUGUUUCGUAGACACCUUCGAAGAGGAGCCCUGUGGAUCCCCGCUUCGGGACACUGAACGGGGGCUCUCCGUAUUUCUAUUCAGGCUUCGAGACAGCGCGAAAACUGAGACAGCCAAGAUGCCGCGGUGCUACAUGGUGAAGAAGGCCCCGUGCAACAAGUACAUAAGCAGCGUUGCCAGAGGAUUCGAGAGCUGGGGACGCGGCAGGAGCACGCCAUCGCCGACCACCAUGCAGAUCCCGGUCUCGCCCAUAGAAGGGAGCGUCGCACCCCCUGUUGCUCAAGAAUAUCUGAGCACGCAGUCUCAGGACACGACAGCGACAGCGGUGAGGGCAUCCGAGCAGGAAGCGUCGAAGGAGAGGACCACCGCGCCCAGCAAGGUCGACGCCAGCCCAUGGACGCCCAACGACGCGACGACGGAGUUCCCAACGGCAAUGCGGAUGGAGACGACGGCGGUGAUCGUCUGCACGACGGGAUCCACAUCAACGACCACGCCGCCCACCGAGUCGAUCGGCUCGGGCGUCGAGAACGCGACAACGACCACGUCCACGUUACUCUUCACGACUCCCAGGUCGCCGUCCAGGACGUCCGUGGACCAGCAAACGACCAUCUCGAUCAUCCACCACUCGCCACCAGGAGAACCGUCGCCUCCCUCGAGCACCGCCACGCCGUAUCACCUGGAGGAGACCGCGAACACCUCGACGAACCAUCCGACGCCAGACACCAGGAUAGGAUCGUCCAACUGCAACGUGAUCACCAGUCACGUGUCCUCGAUGUUCAAGGAUCGUUCAGCCGCGGAAACGGAAGCUGCCCACGACCUGCUGGAGCUCUCGAGGUCCCUGCCCCCGUUGCCGCCCCCGAGCGUCGCCAUCGGGCCACAGAGCGUCAUAGAGGCCCCAGCGACCGACAUCCAAGAAAUGACCGUCUACCAGCCGGACCAACCGAUCUACCAGGUGAACACCAUCGACCUGGCGAGCUCAGCUGUCUACGCUCAUCACCAGCCUCACCAACCCUCCACCGCCAGCAUCAUCUACGAGCCUAGCGCGACGAUAGUUCAGCAAACGGGAAGCGUUUUCAUACCACUCUCGCCAGUCCAGGAGAUCCUCCUGACCUACAGCACACCGUCCAUCCCGUGCACACCGAUCGUCGCCCAGCAGCCCCUUCAACCGCCGCCCCAUCAGCAGCUGCACCAGCACCAAGCCAUCGAGGCGGCGCCACCCCUGACGCCGCCUACAUCCGAGUGCAGCAGCGACAUCGAGAACAACAACCCCAACUCGCAGCCCAGCCAGAAGGACAAGGAGGUGCAGACGGUGAUCGAGCAGUCGGAGGCAAAACCGGCGAGUUACACCUACGACACGCUACUGGUGGCCGAUGGCAGGUCCAAGAACAAGAAGACGACACACAGCCAGAAGAUUCCGGAAGCUGAACCGGUCGAGACGCCUGAGACGUCCAAGAUCGGACGUUACGUCUGCUGCGAGUGCGGUAAACAAUACGCCACCUCGUCGAACCUGUCCAGACAUAAGCAAACGCACCGCAGCAUCGACUCCCAAUCGGCGAAGAAGUGCAUCCACUGCGGAAAGGCGUACGUCAGCAUGCCCGCCCUGGCGAUGCACGUGCUCACCCACAAAUUGACGCACAGCUGCGGCGUGUGCGGAAAGAUGUUCUCGCGACCUUGGUUGCUCCAAGGUCACCUGAGGAGCCACACGGGCGAGAAGCCGUACGGCUGCGCGCACUGCGGCAAAGCGUUCGCCGAUCGCUCGAAUCUACGCGCUCACAUGCAGACCCAUUCCUCCGACAAGAACUACGAGUGCCACAAGUGUCACAAAUCGUUCGCCCUGAAGUCAUACCUGAACAAACACCUGGAGUCCGCCUGCCAGAGGGAGAACGACGACAGCAGCAGCAACGACGUCGACCCGAUACUAUAAGGCUUCGGGUCUCGGUGGGACGCGCGUCGUUCGCGCGGUCGGUCAUCGUCAGUGAGCGAUGGCCCCAAGCGAACCAAAGACUGGCCAAGGUUCUUCGCCAAGGUGCACGAGACCUCACGCUGCAGAAGUUCGCCACCGUCGUCGAGGAAACCGAUGGAAGAUCAACGUUUACGUGUCGUUGAUCUCACGUCGACAACAAUGGAUCAAUUCACGUCCGAAACGGCCCAGGUUGGAAUCCGAUAGCCUCAACGGUGACGGCGAGUUCAUCCCACUUUUACCACUUUCUCUUCGAGAAACUCUUGGGAAUCGAGUCGAGGUUUCGAUCGAGGACCUACAACUAGGGAAGGAAAGUCUCCAAGGGGAUAAGGUAACUUCCUCGCCGUCAUCGUUGACGUCAUCGGGCGAGUCAUCGCGACAAACACGAAAUCUGGGUAAGCGAGAACAAUUUUUGUGUGCGAAGGAUUUGUUGUUCAGGGUGUUUCCAGUGAAUCUAGGAACUCAUGGAUGGGGAAACUCGGGAUAAUGAGAAAAGUUUAUGUAAACGUUGAUCUUUAAUUUCUAGUUGCUAAAUUAAUAUGCAGAGUGGGAACUGCGCGUUAAUUAAUUUAGAAAAUAUUCUGCUGUGUUUACAUCCUCGGCAGAAUUAUUAUUAUAUUCUCAAGGAUACAUUGAUACAUAGUACCGAGGAAAGAAGAAGAUUUUAGAUGAAACGUGUUUGUAACUAACACUUUAAUAUGGGCUGCACGGUGUACUGUACUUAGCCAGAUAGUUUGUGUUGUUUAGUCAUAAAAAUCUCAAAAACUAUUUUUUUCUUCAAUAUCUUUAAUACUCAUCAGCGACUAUUAGUAAUAUAAUAUUUUUGCCUAGAAUGAAAAUGGAUAAUUGGUAUACUCGUUACACUUUCCUUCGAAUAUAACAUUAAAAAUUCCAGCUAAACUCUUUUAAAGAAACCAAAAUUCUAAAAAACAUAUGUCUACUGUUUACAUGAACUUUUCUCUUCGUAAUAAAAGCACCCUGUUGAUCAGUGGACGUCGAACCAACGCGCAGACACGGUUCGAACUUCCGUUUGGUGCCUCGCGCGACGCCAAUGUAUCCCCUACCGCGGUUGGAUGUUGAAAUCGUGGAAGAAAGCAUGUUCAGGCCAAGAGAUGGGCAAAAUUCUCGUCUGGAUACAAAUAGAAUUAACACAACGAGUAAAACGAUAAACAAAACUUUUUAGCCCUUACUUUUCAAAUAAAAAUUGUACAAUUUCAUGGUGAACAAAAACGUCACGUGUCUUGUCUGUUAUUUGAACGAAUCGUUGCCCAUCUCUGGUUCAGGUGUCGAACGAUCGGUAUCGUUCGGACCAGCGCGACACAAAUGGCAUUCCUUUCAUCCCUCUGGGCUCGAUGUCGGCCGCGAAAUCGAUACUCGCGGAGCUUCGAGGGAAACGAGUCGACACGGUUCGUUCCUGAUCGAUCGUAAUUAAGGCUCCUGUUCGGUAGAACUCGAGGGGGUUGCCACGAUCAAGGCGUGGGUGAGCGGUGAAUCGAUACAAUAUUAUCGAGGGACCAUCAAUUUUCAAGUAAAAUUAAUUUCGAAGAAAAUUCACGCGAAACGAGCGAGGAGAAAGGAGGUCGGGUCAAAGAGCUUCGUGAGACGAAACGAAACAAUGAAAAUUGAAGGAACGAAGGAAAGCUCUGUCACUCACGACACGGUUUCGAUGUGCAGCUUUUGAUCUUCGACGAUGCGUCGUUUUUAACGCUUGGGAGCGUCGGGAAAUCGCACACGGUUUCUUACUUUCCUCGUAUCGAUUUUAUGAAAGGUACAAUUUCAUAUAAAGUCUUCUAUUCUACCUUACAAUUGUCUAUCUAUAUUAAUUACAACUUCUAUUUUAUCUUGUGCCACAAAUUGGUCAUUUGUUGAGACUUCAAUAAUGAAAAUUUUAAUUUCAAUGUUUUUCUAUCAAAAUGUAUAUCUUCAUAAAAGUAUCAGCAAUAGAUUGACAAAGUUUCCCUUAAUGAAAAUAAGCCUAGACACGACCUUGUUCGAACUAUCUUUAAUUUUAAGUAAAAAAGUUUUUCAAGCAUGAUUUGAGUGACGUAAAAAUGAAAUUAGUCCGAAGUGGGUCGUGUCUGGGCUGAUUUUCAUCGGAAAGACCUCAGCAAUCCAUUAACAAUACUCUUGACACGGUCAAACAAAAAUACAAACUAAGAUCACUACCUUUUUGCAAUACAACAACGCCGGUAAACCUAAUCACAUUACCCUUAUAUCGAAGGACCACCAUAUCGUCUCAACAAACCAUUUAUAUAGGUAUAAACUAGGAACCCUACAUUUAACAAUUCAUGAUACGACCAAAGCUAAUAAUAUUUGAAUGCAUCAUGCUUACAUUCAAUCAGAAAUAGAACAUCGAGGUUAAGAGACACGUAUCUCGAAUAAAUCGAAUUAGGACUCGACGCUCCCUAAGCACUCUUUUUUCUAUUUUUUUUUCUUUUCUUUUUUUGAAGUUUCAUCGACAUUCGCGGCGCACAAUGCGACGGGGCACACGUCGAAGGUUUUCAUCAACAUUUCACGUAAACUGGACCACCUGUUGAACGCCGGAAUGACCAUUCGGUGGCGAAAGCGCCGGUUCGUUCUGCUCCCCUGAAUUAUAGAACAUCUUCCUGUAAUUUCCUCGUUGUUAAAUGCGCGAACGCGAUCGCGACCAACUGGGGCUCGCGCAUAAAACUUAUCGACGCUUUAUUUCUUUUUGCCGUCGCGUCGGGAGCUCUCCGUUUCGGAUAAUAAUUUUCGAAGCGCACCGCGCUGGCCCGGGAGCGAUUAAUUCGUGGCGAUUGUGAAGCUAGUCGUAGAUCGUAGUUAUGUUUUUAAUUCGCUGCUAAUCGAUAAGGUGGAUUUAUAUUUUAGUAGAUAAGAUCAAGCUUCGGGGUAGUUGCGCUUACUUUUCCUAAUGGCUAGUCGAUUUGCUUGACGUGUUGAGACUGAACGUCCACGUGGAAUGGUGUCUCAGAUAAAGUGUUCAAGAAUUUAUAAAUAUUUAUUAAUUUGUUAUUAUAUUAAUUUAUGAACAGUUGUUCGAGUUAACGUUUAUUCUACGUAAUUAUAGUUUAGUUUUAUUUAUGUUAUUUAUUUAAUAUACAGAGCAUAGCGAUAUUCCACCCCAAAGAUUGUUUAUGUUUAUUCAGGGGCGAAAAUGUUAUCAAUGGAUUUACGAGGAUCUCCCGAUGAAAAUGAGUCCAAACACGACCUACUUCGGACGACUUUAAUUUUAUACGUAAAAGAAAUGUUAAAAAAUGAUUUGAGUUUUGCCAAAAAUUGCUCGAAUGGGGUCGAGUUUGGACUCAUUUUCAUCGGAAAAUACCUCGCCAACUCAUUAAUAAUACUCCCAUGAAAAUACAAGAAAUGUGUAUAGUUUUUCACUCGAUUCAGAGAGUAAUGGGCGGUCCAGAAUUCUUGAACACUUCUCUUCGUCGAUGACUCUAGGUGCGUUGCGAAAUCCGAUUAGUAGAAUGCGAUUUGACGUUGCCAUGCUCUGCUAAUCAGAAUUCUGAACGCUUCUACAGCGCGUUUCAUAAAACGAUGAAAUGAAUUCAUUUCAAAUUAUGUGACUGCGCCUAUCGUUUCAGUGUAAACAGGCUUUGUUGCGCCGAGUGUACGAAUGCCACUUAGAAUGCUUCGACUUGUUCGACCCAGUACGCCUCGUUACGAAAAACACCAAAUUGUCCAAUGUGAUAUUAAUUUAGAGAAUCCUGUCGAAACGGAAAACGAAACGAACGGACACCGUCGCGUCGAGCGGAAGCGAUGAAAGGGAUGCCUGCCAAGCGAGUAUCGAAUGUUGUAUUACUCGCGUAUGAAACCAAAGAGACUUACGCUCUAGUCAGCGAGCUACGCUUCGUUUUAUCUUAGGUUGCCCACCCCUAGCGGAGGGCAUGUGUAUAGUCGGUGAUGUAAUCGUAUUUUGUUCCGUCGUCGUGUUGCUCUCUUGCUUUAGCGCGAUACGCGUUUUUAUAUGACGUAGAGAUAUUUUGGUACGAGACAUUUUGAGCGAUUGUACGAUAUAGAAGAGAGGGGGCGAAUGAAUUUACGUGAAUACUUUUAAUCGAUUAGUUGACGUAGUUGACAGCGGCGUGGAACGGCGAGCCGCGCUCCUUAAGAGCUUUAGCGAUUCAAGGUAGCGCUCUGGUUUGUCGUUUGAAUUCGACGUCAUGGUAUACUAAUGUUUAAACUAUAAAUAGGAUUAUAGUUUGACUAAUUAUUAAAAGAAAACUGGAAGUAAAAAUAACGACCGUACAAAAGUUACCUUUGAUAUAGUUGGCACAAGAUUCGUCUCUUUUUAUACAACUGCGCAUUUCCCUUGCGCAUUAGGGGCGCUGUAGAGGCUAAUAUAGAACGAACAGUCGAUUUUUCGUGAAAACAAACCAGGAGCCUGCCUUAAAUUGCACAAAACGUACCGACAUCAAAUUGUCUAUCCGUUUCCUCGCUCCAUUGUUUACCAAGAUUAUUCUCUCAAGCGUCUCUAUUCGUUCGUUUAAACGUAAGCAACGCACGAGUGGUACAGAACCUACCAAAGAUUUAAAAAAAUAUUACGGUAAUCGUUUUUUCUUUUUUUUUUUGUCAAUUCUGAACUACUCGUAGGUAGCUCGAUAAAAGGUCAGAAAUAGACUUGCCUAACGCUACACGUUCAAUUCUACGACGAGAUCGUUCAGCUGUAAAUAAAUUCAAUUAUUUCCCCAUAAUUUCCGAACAAUUACGCGAGCAAUAAGAUGAUUUGUGAUCGUACGUAGAGUUCCUAGCCGUAAUCGUUCUUUGUUCAUUGGGUCUGUUAAGCGAGUCUGAUUCUGACUGAACUCCGUUGAAAUGGGAACAACGUUACCCUGUACUCGUUUUAUGCGUUCGUUACGAUUCUACGCGGCAAGAAACAGUGAAGCUUAUGGUAAAUCCUCGAGUCCUGUUCCCAAUGUGGAAGAAAGACGCAUGUAGAGCUUACGCCUAUGUCGUAAAGGCCCGUUUCCACCUGACGCAAGCUACACGAAUGCCAUAUUUCAAUCAUAAAUGGCUCUGUGUCGGUUCAAAAUCGUGGUUACGUCACAAUGUUGAUAAUCAUGGAUUUGUGACACAUGGAAACGGACCCUAUGAUCGGGACCGACCACCACCGCGAAGGUCGGAUACUUCUUUACAAUUUGGUCGCACCUUUAAUGAUAUUCACAGCUACCAGUCUCGUCUUCAUAACUGUAUUACAAUUAUCGACAGUCAAUCGAAUCUAUAAUUAGAGUUAACCUCGUAACGGUAGUCAAUAAUAAAACCAAAAAAGUGGGGAGCUAUAACUGUAGCGUUUACCAGGCGAAACGUUCUUCGUCGUGACGAACCUUCGUUGAAACAAGUUUUCGGACCUUGGGGCUCGUUUCACUUUUUUUUACAAUAUUUGCUUUACCAUUUACCAAACACCAUAGUUUGGUAAAGCUUUGUUACUUGACAAAACACAUUUACUUCUUUUCUUUUCUACAUGUUCUGUUUUUAUCGCUCUAUUAUAUCAUCCCCAUCCCGCUGCUAAUAAAAGUGUCAGCAGUCCUAUAAGGCCCGAUGGGCCUACAAGGAGCGAUCAAUGCGACCAAGGACAGCUACAGCCCCUGAAAAUAUUAUCUACAUUUGUGGAAAUUUGGUCAGAAUUAAACUACUAUAGUGUAUUCAUAUUUUACGAAAGAAUCGACUCGACGACCGAUCGUCAUUUCGUCGAAGAACGUAUCGCAACGGAAGAAUAUUCUCGAAAUUAUAUCGCAGCUUCGGGGCUUGCCGACACGAUUUCUACGCGCCACCCGUUCCGCGAAGAGGAAGACGAAGAAUUCGCAGAAGAAGGGGGCGCGCGCAACAACAACGACGCGCGAAAUCGAUUCGACGAAGGGAAGUAAUAUAUCGCAAGCCGCAGAACUGAGUACCCGUAAAUACAAACUAAUUAUUAGAUCCGCCGUAGUGUACUCGAGCGAAAGCAAAAAAUGAAAAGAAACCACAAAAAAAAAAUGGUAAAUUAGUAUUAACGAUGUAACGAUGAAAUGGGCAAGUCGACGCACUAUUUUUUAGAUACGCGAAAACGAUUUAAAGCCAGGCCCCGGGACGAUCAUGCCUCGUACGUUUCUCGGUCUGGGGAAAGCUUCUUGUCCGCGACGAAGGACCGUUCUUAUUGGCUGUGUGCUCGAAACUUCGAAUCGAAUGGGAAAUCAACGGGUACGAUGACGAAACGAGGGAAAUUGUUGGCGAUCAAUCUCGCGACGUUGUGGAUUCUUUCGAAAUAUUGCGCACAGCAUUUCCAAAAUGGCGUCACAACAUACACUGGCCGUUCAUCCACCUCGAAAAAACGAUGUCUUAAUAAUCACGAAUCGAUGAUUAUAAUUACUCAGUCGUUACAAUUUAUAAUCAUUUUAGCUUGAACAAGUUGCAUUAUAGCAAUUAAUAUCGUAAUUUACUACAAAUAACUAACAAUAUACGGACUCAAUAUUCACAGUUACUGGUCCAACCUCUAGUAUUUAACUUCCAACAUAUAUUUUUUAAUACAAGUGUACAAAACUGCGAAGAAGAAAUUUUUUAUUCGAUGGUAUGAAUGCGCCAGUAUAGAAUACUAUCUUGGAAACGCUCUGUAUGUAAGAUAACAAAAGAAUCAACUUAGAAGACGCGACGUCAUUUAUUUUUUUGAUCGAUAACUCGAAUAUGUCCCAUUUGUCCUUGGUCAAUCAUAUAAAUAGACGUUUCGUUUGACCUUAUCUAAUCAUGUAAGCAAAUGUCCUAUUUGAUUUUAGUAAAAUAGUACACAUGUCGUGUGAAUUGGAAAAAUACAAGGGGAAAACCCUUGUAUGCUUUAUAAACACCCUGUAUACUACACCAACGCGUAAUAUAACCGUGAACUUUGCAUUGACGUGGCGGUUAUCCACCAAUCUCAGCUGUCACCCCCUGUGAAUUUAUCGGCAAGUGAUCUGAGUGUAAACUAUCCCGUACUUAAAGACAAACUUUAUAAUUACAAUUACGCUAUCGUCGUAAUUGCCCAUUAACGCAUGACAAUGUCGCAUUUUUGCAUCGCUGGCUAAUUGCUCGGAUUCGCGUCGUACUCGUUACCGUCACGAACCCUCGCUUAACAGAAUUUUUCUGUUAGAUAAAACCAACCCCUCCCCGAUACACGAGCACGAUUAACCAUAACCUCGAUGGAAGAUAUGUCAUAGCUGUAAAACUAUCUUUAGAAAAAGAAAGACACACGCACACAUGCAUACACACCUACAGACACAUAGCGAAAAGAAAAUGUAAAAAGAAAUUUCCUUACCACGCGAGCCAUUGCGGGAGACCGAUUACCAUUUCGACUCGUCGCAUAAUUAAGUAUAUACAAAAAAAAAAAAGAAAAGACUCUAAAAAGGACCAAAGUACUUAAACGUUACUACGCCCAAGGUGUGGCGCCAUUAUGCAGCGAUAAAUAUGUAAUGUAGUAAAAUAAUUAUCGCUCUCGCGGUGAUUACUCAUUGUCAAUAAGGGUGAGGAAUAUAAGUGAGGGAAGUGAUGAGGGGUAUGUAGAGGAGAGGUGUAAGUCCGAAUAUGUUAACUGUAUAUUUGAGAACACGGUAAAAAGAACAACGAAAACGUGACAAACAUUGUCCACGUAAAUGUAAUUAAUUAACUUAUUAGACAGACACCCGAGAUAUUAUAUAUGUAUAUGUACGUGUAUGUUAGCCGAAUGCUCCAACAACACAAAACUUCCUUGGAGAACGACCGCCUCUAAUUAAUUUCGAAACUGGACACCUCCUACGUCAAAUAUAAUUUUUCAAUAACGCAAGUUAGAUAUUGCGUUCGUGAAUGGACAAAUAAAUUGUUGAAAAGAAGAUAUCAAUCGAGAAUAAUGUAGAUUUUAAUCAUACAAUUGUUUAAUUGAGAAAACAGUCUGCAAUGGAUAAUUUAGUGAUUUUGAAGUCAUGUACCGACUCAGACGUUUUCAGCCAUUUUCUCUUAAAUUACCAUGGUACGGUAAACAGACGCUGUUUUGCUCACGACACAGGUUCAUAAUUUUGUAAUUAUUAUCGAUCGAACCUGUGCACCAUUCUCUCAAGGCUGUCUAAAUACGUAGCUUGUAGCGAAAUUAUUCGCGGCGACGGAAGAGGGCGUGAAAAAUGAAUUAUCCGUUGCAUAAUUAAGCGGAUAACUUAUAGGCGCGGUGAUAAGAAAUAGGUUAUCCAUUAAUGAAUUCAAUUACGAAAUUAAUUAGAGCGCGAUCCAAGCUCACCGCCGUACGAUAAUUUAGAUUUCGCUCAAGUCACAUGGCAGAGUCGAUAAAUAUGAAAUCUGUGCUGCACUUGUGACGUCAUCGAGUCGUUUCCCAUGCACACAUAGACGCACACACAACACACAGAAACACAUCGUGAACGAUCGAGCAAAUGUAUAAAAAAAGAAAAAAAAAGAAA